GGCACACAAAUUGGUAAAUUUUCCGAGCGAAAAAACCGUAGUAGGUAAAAGAGCUUAGAAAUCGAAGAUGAAAAGAGUUUUAUUGCUGAUAGUCGCCGUAGCGUACGUUGGAGCUGCAUCAGCUGCGAUUCGUGAUCGGGACUCACCGCCAGUCUACACAAACACCUGGGCUGUGGAAGUAGAGGGAGGCGAGACGGAGGCCGAGGCUCUGGCUGCAAAAUUGGGCUUCAAUUACAUCGGACAGGUAGGAGACCUGAAGGACAUGUACGAGUUUGUUCUGCCGGAGGCCAAGUUCAAUAGGCAGCGGAGAAGCACUGCUGUCCCCUACCAGCAAGUGACAGAGGCACUGAAACAAGAAGUCAAUGUGAGGUUUGUGGAGCAGCAAGUAUUGAGAACAAUGGUAAAGAAGGGCUAUGAAGUACCCACUGAUCCAAACUGGCCCAAGCAAUGGUUUCUUCUCAACAGUGAGACUGGAGUGCUGCAGGAGUUUGGAGACUCAACGCGAGACCUGAAUGUGGAGCCGGCCUGGAUCCAGGGCCUCACUGGGUGCAACGUGCUAGCUGAUCUGGACUAUAAUGCCAUCAACAGGACUGACACUGCGUUCCCUGGUCUCUAUAACGGCACGAGAUCCUCUCACGGUACUGCCUGUGCCGGUAUCGUUGCUAUGGAGAAAAGCAACGACGUCUGUGGUGUGGGCGUGGCCUACAAUUCCAAAAUCAUAGGUCAGACUGACAUAGCCGAGUCCAGGGCCCUGGAUUAUAAGGACGACAUCAUAGCUAUUUAUAGUAACAGUUGGGGGCCACUAGAUGAUGGAUUUUCAGUGGGAAGGCCGGGGAUUUUGGCUGAGAUGACUUUCAGACGGGCAGCACUGGCGGGAAGAGGUGGAAAAGGUUCAAUAUAUGUGUGGGCAGCGGGCAACGGUGGACGCUUUGACAUUGACAGCUGUGCUGCAGAUGGCUACGUUCAGAGUAUCUACACCAUUGCCAUUGGCUCAGUUGCAAGUGACGGAGAACCGGCCUACUACGACGAGAGGUGCUCUGCAAAGAUUGCUUCUAUGUUUGUCUCCAACUCUUUCUCCAACAUCAGUGUGGUGAGUUACAACAUUAACUCUUUUGCAAAACUCUUGCGGCUGGCUGGAUUUUUCUGCUCAUACGUUUGUAUCUUCUUUUGCAAGGCUACUACAAAUACAUAUGGAGAGUGUCAGAUUGACUUUGAUGGAACCAGUGCUGCUACUCCAGUGGCCUCCGGAACUAUUGCGCUCACUCUGGAGGCAAAUCCUGAUCUGACGUGGAGGGAUGUCCAGUAUUUGAUUGUCUACACAUCUAACAGUGACAUACUGACUGUGGACGACUUGGCCACCAAUGGAGCUGGUCUCAACUUCAGCCACCACUUUGGAUUUGGAGCCAUUGAUGCCGAGGCCAUGGUGACCAGAGCCAGACACUGGACCAAUGUUCCACAACAGCUGAAAGCCACCAUCCCCCUUAGUGACACCACAACCGUUGGGCCAUCAUCAGAUGAAGUGAUUUCCAUCCCGUAUUCUGCUGAAAGUGUGGGGUUUCUUGAGCAUGUGGUGGUGCAGCUAUCAACUUCAUUUCAAGGCAGGAGAUAUACAACUCGAGUUGACAUCACCGCAGGGCACUACAUCAAUCUUACUACCAUAUCAAACACCGGAAGUGAUAUCACGUAUACUCGGGAGUGUCACUCGGCAUGUGGCCGGGGGUGUGCAGCUCCUGGUGCAGAGUUCUGUGACUCGUGUCGUCGGCUCCGCGAUGCAGCCACUCGCCAAUGUGUGGAUGAGUGCCCCGAGGGGCUGGCCAUGAGAAGUGGCUACUGCUACAACGCGACAGAGCCAGAGGCUGAGUUGUGCGUCGCUGGAGCUGCAGUCGCAGGUCGCCACGGCACGGUUCCUGUCUACACGAACUCUUGGGCCGUGGAAGUGGAGGGCGGCGGUAGCGAUGCGGACGCUCUGGCUGCAAAAUAUGGCUUCAUCAACAAGGGACCGGUAGGAAACCUAAAGAACAUUUAUGAGUUUGUUCUACCAGUGGCCAAGUUCAAUCGGCAGACCAGGACAACUACUCCAUACCAGGAAGUGACAGAGACACUAAAACAAGAAGUCAAUGUGAGGUUUGUGGAGCAACAAACAUCGAGAGUCAUGGAGAAGAAAGGCUAUAAAGAGCCCAAUGAUCCGGACUGGUCAAAACAGUGGUAUCUUGUCAACAGUGAGACUGGAGUACUGCAGGAGUUAGGAGACUCAACACGAGACCUGAAUGUGGAGCCGGCCUGGCUCCAGGGCCUCACUGGGUGCAACGUGGUUGUGGGUGUAGUCGAUGAUGAUUUUGUUGGCAUACCAAUACUCAAAUUUCAGUUGAGUGUGUAUACUUUCACAGGAGUUGAGUUCACACAUCCAGACCUGUCCACCAACUAUGUUGCUGAUCUGGACUACAAUGCGAUCAAUGACACGAACAAUGCAUUCCCUGGUUUCACUGAGGGCGAGAGAGACUCUCACGGAACUGGCUGUGCUGGAAUUAUCGCCAUGGAGAAAAACAAUGAUGUCUGUGGUGUGGGCGUGGCUUACAAUUCCAGAAUAACAGGGAUUCUGCUCCUAGGAAGUGGUCAGACUGACAUAGCUGAAUCCAGGGCCUUGUCUCACAAAGAUGACCUCAUAGCUAUUUAUAGCAACAGUUGGGGGCCACCUGAUAAUGGAUAUUCAGUGGAAAGGCCGAGCACCCUGGCUGAAAGGACUUUUGAGCAGGGAGCUCAAUCGGGAAGAGGUGGCAAAGGUUCUAUUUAUGUAUGGGCAGCAGGCAACGGAGGUGAUGUUGAUGACUCAUGUGCAGCAGACGGAUAUGUUCAGAGCAUCUACACCAUUGCCAUUGGAGCUCUUCAGAGCGAUGGAGAGCCUGCUACCUACGAUGAGAGAUGCUCUGCAAAGAUUGCAUCAACAUUUGUUACCCACACUGAUGUUUUCAGUACCACUACUGCAUUCACUGAUGGAGAAUGUCGGUCAGAUUUUAAUGGGACCAGUGCAGCAACUCCAGAAGCAUCUGGAACCAUUGCCCUGACUCUGGAGGCAAAUCCUGAUCUGACGUGGAGAGAUGUCCAGUAUCUGAUAGUCUACACCUCUAACAUUGACAUACUGACUGUGGACGACUUGGCCACCAAUGGAGCUGGUCUCAAAUUCAGUCAUAUCUGUGGGUUUGGAGCCAUUGAUGCCGAGGCCAUGGUGACCAGAGCCAGACACUGGACCAAUGUUCCUGAGCAGCUGAAAGUCACCACCCCCCUCAGUGACACCACAGCUGUUGAACCAGGGUCGAAUGAAACAAUUGUCUUCCAAUAUUCUGGAAGUGUUGGUUUUCUGGAGCACGUUGUGGUCCAAGUAUCAACUACAUUCAGGGAUGUCGACACACAGGACUACUUAGAUAGAGACGUUUACCAAAAUCUUUAUGACGACUCUACAACAUGAUUUCUCACUAUAACAACAAUGUUGAACCAAACAGAGGAGAUAUACAACUUGAGUUGACAUCACCGCAGGGCACUACAUCUAUCAUAUUACCUUAUCGUUUCCUUGACUCAUGGCCUGGGGAGUACACCAAUUGGCCAUUCACGUCCGUUCAUUUUUGGGGCGAAGACCCGUCCGGGGAUUGGACACUCACCAUUAGUACCGUGGCAACUCAGGUGUGGUCGAAGUUAGUGAUGUCCAGUUUAUAUUCUACGGAACGGCAGAAACACCGGAAGUGAUAUCACGUAUACCUCGGGAGUGUCACUCGGCAUGUGGCCGGGGGUGUGCAGCUCCUGGUGCAGAGUUCUGUGACUCGUGUCGUCGGCUCCGCGAUGCAGCCACUCGCCAGUGUGUGGAUGAGUGCCCCGAGGGGCUGGCCAUGAGAAGUGGCUACUGCUACAACGCGACAGAGCCUGAGCCUGAGUGUAAGCCACUUGUACUGCCAAAAGAUACUUCAGAUGCCCUUGGUCUGAGUAGUCUUGAACUACUGCUUGUUCUCCUUGCUGCUACCAUGGCACUAUUUUAAUGGGAGACUUUCCAAAGAGAAUUCUUUAACUAGUGACUGAGGUAAUUCCCUGUACUUCCUAUAAUAGCGUACUUGAUACCUUCCAUAGUGUACCCAUUUUUGUGGGAUAUAGAUUUUGAAUUAUCAUUGUGUUUUAGAGCACUGCCAAACACAGUACAAACCCCUAUAGUUAGUAUACUUCGG